UUUGAAAAGGGACGCUUUUCCGGUAUCGUCCUGCCACCCCUCGUGGGUCUUGACGGAGUUCGUUGGAGGAUGCUGAGGAACGGGAGUGCCCCGUUCACUCUCCCUUUGCAUGUACUUACAACAGCGGCUCUCCCAGGGAAGGACGGACAAACCGGACCCGCUCGAUGGAAACACGUGUGUGAUGUAAAAACCCAGUCCGGGUGCAUCCGUUCUUUGCACUUAUCGGAGAAAACUAUGACUGUUUUUGACAGACUGACGAUUUGGGACCCUGUUACUCUUUUUACUUUUGCGUUCGCCUGAACCGGACAGUUAUUCACUCAUUUAUAAGCCGCUGCAGCCAUAGUCUGUUUUUAGGCUACAGGAACCCGUCCCCCUACGCCCGUGUGGGUUUUUGAGUCCUGCGGCGAGGAUGGAUGCCCGCCUGUCUUCCCCCGGGUACCCGCUGCUGGUGCUGCUCUGCACGGUCGCAGCCCUGUCGGGGGCACGGAGCCCCGUGGCUGCGGCGGGGAGGAGUUGCGCCGAGACCCGGCAGGUGUACGCGGUGAAGGGGUACGGCACGGACACCGCUCCGCUGACUCAAAUCUCCGGUGAGCACCUGCGGCUCUGUCCUCAGGACUACACCUGCUGCUCCAGUCAGAUGGAGGAGACACUGGCCCUGCAGAGCGAGAGGGACUUCCUCAAAGCCAUCGAAGACAACAGCCAGUUCCUUUUGACUACCUUCACCCAGAGACACCGCCGAUUUGAUGAGUUCUUCAGAGAGCUUAUAGACCUGUCAGAGAAGUCUAUGAACCAGAUGUUUACCAAGACCUACGGCCGGCUCUUCACCCAGAAUGCACAUGUCUUCCAGGAGCUGUUUGUGGAAAUGCGCAGAUAUUAUUCUGGGGGCAGUGUAAGCCUGGCAGAGGUUCUGUCAGACUUCUGGUCCAGACUGGUGGAGCGGGUCUUCUCUCUCGUCAAUCCCCAGUAUCAGUUCAGUGAAGACUACCUGGAGUGUGUCAGCAAACACGCUGAGCAGCUGCAGCCGUUUGGAGAUGUGCCCCGCAAACUGCGCGUACAAGUGUCCAGGGCUUUCAUUGCAGCCAGAGCACUAUCUCAGGGCUUGGCUACUGGUCGGGAUAUUGUUAACAAAGCAACGAAAUUGACUGCAGAUUCAGAGUGUGUGCGUGGCCUGAUGCGUCAGUGGUACUGCCCGCUGUGCCGGGGCAUGCCCUCCCUGCGGCCCUGCCACUCCCUGUGCCUUAAUGUGAUGAAGGGCUGCUUGGCCAAUCAGGCCGACCUGGACACCGAAUGGAACAGUUUCAUUGAUGCUCUCUACCAGGUUUCAGAGAAGUUGGAGGGGCCAUUCAACAUGGAGCUUGCGGCUGACUCCAUCUCUGUGAAAGUGUCAGAGGCCAUCAUGCACAUGCAGGAAAACAGUGUCACCAUCUCCACUAAGGUGUUCCAGGGCUGUGGAAGCCCCAGGCCAGCUCCAGGACGGUCAAAACGCUCACCGAAAGAGUCAGGGGGAAACAGGAGGCCUUUCCGAACCUACAGCCCUGAAGAGAAACCCACCACUGCGGCAGGCACCAACCUCGACCGAUUGGUUACCGAGCUGAAGGAGCGACUGCGGCCUAUGCGGGGCUUCUGGGUGUCCCUCCCACACACCAUCUGCAAUGAUGAGAAGAUGGCUGCCGACGUCACUAAUGAGGACCGCUGCUGGAACGGGCAGACCCGGGGGAGGUACCUCCCGGACGUGACAGGCGACGGGCUGGUGAGCCAGAUCAACAACCCCGAGGUGGAGGUGGACAUUGCCAGGCCAGAUGUGAGGACCAGACAGCUGAUCAUGGAGCUGAGGGUGGUGACCAACAAACUGAGACACGCUCAGAGUGGACAAGACAUGGAUUUCAUGGACAGUGAGGAGGGCAGUGGCUCAGGGGGUGGAGAUCAUGGUGAAAGGUACAAUGAUGAUUGGCCAGGCUAUGGGCCUUACUCUCCCCCCUACAACAAACACCCUCGUAACCCAGCCUCCAACCCUGCAAAGCCUCCUCGGGUCCGAGAGAGGAAUGGGUCCAAGUGGAACAGAAACAACGGCAAUGGACGGGUUCGAUCGGCAGCCAGCAGGCCUACCCUCUCCCUGGUUUCUUUGUUGUGUUUGCCAUUCGUGGUCACUGUUGCCCCCAUGUGGAGAUAGCUAGUUAUCACAGUCUGGAGGUGGAGGUUUUUCUGUCCUGCUGGAGUCUUUAGCACAUUAUGAAGAAAAAAAAAAAAUCAUUCCAUUUUGUUACACCAGCAGAAAAAAAAAAGACAAAACAGGCUAAUUUAGCAAUAAUCAAAAACCUGUUUACAGUACAAAAUAGGUUAAAGUGAAUACUUUUCCUACUGCCCAAGCAACAAAAGAGGCAUUACCAGACACUGAUGAUUACAAACAAUACUUAAUUAAUAAGUACUGCCCUUUUUUUAGUGCCAUUCUUGAGAUGUCUGACCUAUUUGAGUCUUAAUGCUGAACAUUGUGCAGUGCUAGAGCAUGGAAGUCUUUAAGAAUGGGAAACAAAAGUACUGCAGCAGCAAAUGAAUUAGCAACAUGUUUGGGUAACGGAGCUGAUGGUCUCAUGGUUUGGUUGUCUGUGAGAUAGAGAUUAGUCGUGCCAGUUAAUUACUUUGUGGUUUUGGUGAGCAGCUGAUAUGAUCUGAGUGCGUUUGUUUGCUGCUUUUCUCACGAAAUUAAGUUGAUUAAUCAAUCAAAUCAUUGAUUUGAUUUCAGUCCGGUUCUGGUUCAUUUUGUUCAUUUUUCAUCUCCUGGAAGUAGUGAGAUUUAAUUUAAUCGCUUAAUUAAACCUCCGUAUUUGGGCUUGGAAAUUUAAAAAAGUCAGGAUGACACUUGAAACCAAACAAGGAGCUUAUCUUGAAUGUACCUAAAAGCUCAGAUUAAUUUUGGGUUACUUGUGAUGUCAAAGGGUUAAUUAAUGUAAUAUAUUGAUGUUUUUAAUUUAUUUAUGAUAUUACAUUUCAUUGUUCUAAUUAUGAUUUUUAAGGCAAAGAAUGAGUGUUUUUAUCUUCUAAAAGAAGUGUUUCGUUCUUUAACUUUCUCUGGUAAAAAAGAAAACAGGAAAAUCAAGUUCUAUUUGAUACUUUUUGCAAACCAAUCAUUUUAAUAUAUUAAACCCAUCAUAACAAUACAUUUAAUUAUCAGGAGAAACUGGGCCACAAGACCAGCUAUAGCUUUUUUAGUCUUAACCAGAGAUUGUUAAGGAGCAGUGUGUGUGUGAAUGUGUGUGUGUAUGUAUGGUGGUUUUAUAUUGUUUGUUGUUAUAUGUUCUGGUUUCAAGUUAUAGUUCUGAGGUUAUGCUGAGAAGAUGUUGGGAUGAUUUUUAAUAAUGUGCUUUUGUACUUAUUUUUCCUAAAAGCAACAAAAGAUAAUGAAAACAGUGAGUGAGCUCAUGAUGUGACAUAAAAUUGGAUUGAAUGUCGACGGAAAGAAAUACUUUCAAGAACUGAGAGACUGGUCCUUAAUUUUACUAUGCUGAAUGUGUUUUGACAAAGAUAAAAUCAAAGAUUUUCCAGGAAGAUAAAAUAAAUGUUGUGAGGAGUUGGUCAUCCAUGUACAGCAAGGAAGAGGAGGCCGAGCUUAAAUUAAUAGUUUGACAUUAUGGGAAAUACUCUUAUUCGCUUUCUUGUCGUGAGUUAGAUGAAAAGAUUGAUACCACUCUCAUGU